AUGGGCUGUGAGUCAAAAACCAGCUGUGAGGGCUGCUCAUGCGACGCCCAACAGCAACCCGUCAACAUCGAAGAUUGUCAGCAAGAGCUUCUAGCCUUGAGAAAACGUACCAAACAACUAGAGUCUGCAUUGGCAGAGCUCAAGAUCCAUGGUCCCUCAAAGGAAAAGUCAUCAUCUCCUCGCGAACUUCGCUCUAGGAAAUGGUUCGGUCCAGACGUCAACCCGUCCAUGGGCGCCAUCUACAUCGAGCGAUAUCUCAACUACGGCCUCUCGAAGGAUGAACUCACAUCCGGAAAGCCAGUUAUCGGAAUUGCUCAGUCUGGAUCCGAUCUGGUUCCCUGUAACAGAUAUCAUUUAGAACUAUCCAAGCGUAUCCGUGAGGGGAUUCGUGAGGCUGGUGGCAUUGCAUUCGAGUUUCCCAUUCACCCGAUUCAGGAGAGCUCGCGACGACCGACGGCUUGUUUGGAUAGGAAUUUUGCGUAUCUUGGGCUUGUCGAGAUCCUAUAUGGGUAUCCGUUGGAUGGGGUGGUGUUGUUGACGGGGUGUGAUAAGACAACGCCUGCAUGUUUGAUGGCUGCUGCUACAGUGAAUAUUCCUGCGUUGUGUCUCAAUGUCGGACCCAUGGUCAACGGCUAUCACAAAGGCGAAUUGUCUGGGUCAGGAAUGGUAAUCUGGAAAGGUCGUGAAUUGUUGGCUGCUGGAGAAAUCACUCGUGACGAGUUUAUCGAGUAUGCCGCAACUGGAGCACCAUCCGAUGGCCAUUGUAACACUAUGGGGACGGCAUCCACCAUGAACGCCCUGGCCGAAGCCCUCGGAAUGGCCCUCCCCGGUUCUGCAGCCAUCCCAGCCCCCUACCGCCAACGAGCUCAAUGCGCCUAUGAGUCGGGCAAACAAAUAGUCGAGAUGGUCCUAACAGACCGAAAACCAAGCGAUAUCAUGACGCGUGAGGCAUUCGAGAAUGCAAUCGCCGUCAAUACAGCUAUUGGAGGCAGCACAAACGCUCCUAUCCACAUCACGGCUAUCGCCAAGCAUGUGGGCGUUGACCUUACGGUCGAAGACUGGGAUACAGUGGGAUAUGAAGUUCCAUUACUACUCAAUAUGCAACCAGCCGGUAAAUAUCUGAGUGAGGAAUACUUCCGUGCCGGUGGCCUUCCGGCUAUUAUGGCCGAGCUACUCGAUGCCGGUAAACUUCAUCCAGAUGUACUUACCUGUAAUGGACGCACAGUCGCAGACAAUGUCCGAGGCAAGCAUUCAUGGGACCGUCGCGUGAUCCGCGAAUACGGCAAGCCAAUGCUUGAGAAUGCGGGUUUCCGUCACUUGAGUGGCACACUGUUUGAUUCAGCUAUUAUGAAAACGUGCGUUAUCUCCACAGAGUUCCGAGAAAGAUUUCUCCAGAACCCGGAAGAUCCAGACGCCUUUGAAGGGCCGGUUGUCGUAUUUGAUGGUCCUGAGGAUUAUCAUCGACGUAUUGAAGAUGAAUCCACCCCGAUUGACGACAGGACACUUCUCAUUAUCCGUGGCGUAGGCCCAUUGGGAUACCCCGGAGCCGCCGAGGUCGUGAAUAUGCACCCACCCGGCAGACUCUUGAAAAAGGGCGUCCAAUCUCUGCCUUGCAUCGGUGACGGAAGACAGUCCGGCACAUCAGGCUCGCCAUCUAUCCUCAACGCAAGCCCCGAAGCAGCAGCGGGCGGAAACCUGGGUAUUCUGCGGACAGGAGACCGGGUUAGGGUUGAUUUGCGACAGCGACGAGUGGAUAUAUUGAUUUCAGAUGAAGAGAUCCAAAGACGACAAGACAAGCUAAAUUCUGAAGGAGGAUAUCAUGGACCGGAGAGCCAGACUCCGUGGCAAGAGAUCUUCAGAAAGGAGACUGAUCAACUUAGUCAAGGGAUGGUUUUGCGGGAGGCUUUGAAGUAUCAACGGCUUGCGCAGAAGUGGGAUGAGCCGAGGCAUAAUCAUUAG